AUGAAGACUGUCUUGGUCCUAGCUAGUUUCGUGGCCCUGGCGUUAGCCGGGACCAUCGAUGUCCAUGUACAAGAUUACAAGAUUAAGCCGGUCGACAAAGCAUUCGUCGAGAAGCAGUCUGAGAUCCUGAAGCUUUUCUACUAUUCCCAACACGUGAACACCGAGGCCGACUACUACAAAAUCGGAAAGGACUUCGACAUCGAAGAACAUGUCGACGACUACAGCAACAAAAAAGCCGUUGAGGAAUUCUUACACUUAUGGAAAGUUGGAUUCCUUCCCAAAUACAUUCCUUUCUCAAUCUUCAACGAAAGAGCAAGGGAAGAGGCCGUCGCUCUAUUCCAUGUUUUGUACUACGCUAAGGACUUUGAAGUCUUCUACAAAACCGCAUGCUUCGCCCGCGUCUACAUGAACGAAGGCCAAUUCUUAUACUCCUACUACAUCGCCGUUCUCCACCGCCCAGACCUUAAGGGAAUUAUCCUUCCUGCACCUUACGAAGCCUACCCCGAACUCUUCACCAACGUCGAUGUAUGGAACAGAUUUGACCGCGUCAAGAUGCAAAAUGGCAUUGACUCCGACUUCGGACCGGAAUACGGAGUAGUUAAAGAGGAAAACCGUUACGUAGCUUACGCUAACUACUCUGACUUCUACACAUACUACGGUGGCGAACACAAAAUCUCAUAUUUCACUGAAGAUAUUGGUCUCAACUCUUACUACUACUACUUCCACGUAUUCUUCCCAUUCUGGAUGGAAAGCGAAGUCCAGCCUGUCCUCAAGGAACACCGUGGUGAAAUCUACUACAACUUCUACCAGCAACUGUUAGCUCGUUACUACUUGGAACGUUUGUCUAGCGGUCUUGGAGAGAUCCCUGACUUCUCAUGGUACAGCCAAAUCGAAGCUGGCUACAAACCAUUCAUGAAAUACUUCUACAACUUCGUUCAAAGGCCAAAAUACUACCAAAUUCCCUACGACAAGCACGUCAAGGAAGUGCAAGUACUUAACUCCUUCGAACAGACCUUCAUCCAAUUUUUGCAACAAGGCCACUUCAAGGCUUACAACCAGGAUGUCGAUCUACGUAACUCUAAAUCCGUUAACUUCGUCGGAAACUUCUGGCAAGGCAACGCUGACAUGUUCACCCAAGUCGGACCAUGGCAACACCCCUACUCUUACGAGAUUGUCGCUCGUCAUGUCCUCAGUGGCGUUUCUGAGAGUUACGGAAAGUACGAUUUCAUUCCUAGCGCUCUUGGUUUCUACCAGACCUCUCUGCGUGACCCAGUUUUCUACCAGCUAUACAGCAAGAUCUUGAAAUACUUCAUCGAGUACAAGAAGGCUCUUACUCCUUACACCCAAGAUGCUCUCCACUACGUUGGAGUUAAAAUUAACGACGUCAAGGUCGACAAACUGGUCACCUACUUCGACUACUACGACUUCGAAGUGAGCAACGGUGUUUACUUCAGCAAGGAAGAGAUGAAGUCCCACAACUGGCCAUACUACGUUGUACGUCAACCACGUCUGAACCACAAGCCCUUCACUGUUUCUGUUGAUGUCAAAUCGGACGUUGAAGGAGACGCUGUCUUCAAGAUCUUCCUUGGACCUAAAUACGAUGGCAACGGCUACCCCAUUGAAUUGGAAAACAACUGGCAAAACUUUGUAGAAUUGGACUGGUUCGUGCAAAAACUCAGCAAGGGACAGAACAAGAUCGAACGUCACUCAACCGACUUCUACUACACCAAAGAAGACUCCGCCCCCGUUAGGGAAAUCGGUGACAAAUACCUCGCACAGGGCAAGGUUCCAUUGGACAUGUCCGUCAAGCCCGGUGCAUUCCCCAAGAGGCUUGUCUUACCCAAGGGUACAGUUGGUGGAUUCCCAUACCAAUUCUUCGUUGUUGCAUACCCCUACCAGCCCGCUAACAAGGAAGUCGAAACCAUCAAGGUAUUCGCUAACGACAACAAGCCUUUGGGCUACCCUCUGGACCGUCCUGUCAACGACGUCUACUUCAAGCAACCGAACAUGUUCUUCGAGGAUGUCAAUGUAUUCCACGAGGGCGAGAUCUACCCAUACGAAUACAAUGUUCCUUACUACACCGUUCACCACAACGAAGUAAACCAACACUAA